AUGUCUCUGAAAAGUGCAAAGGGAGGAGCAGAAAGCAGACCAUCGUCUGCUGCCAGCAUGUCUCCUCGGGGAGGGAGGGGCGCGGCAGCUGGAAGAUCACCCACACCAGGGAGAUUCAAAAACAAGGCCCUUCAGCUCAGCCUCACCAAGAAAUUCUGCUCGAAGUCACAGUCCCCUGCGGCCCAGAGGAAGAGCUCUGAGGAGGAAGCUGGUCGGCGCAGUAAAAGGAGCCUCAGCAACAGCUCAGCGGUCGCCGCCGCCUACAUCUCCUACCUCAACAAACUUUUUGGACAGGAGAGAGAGCUGAUGCCAGAGGAGUUAGAUGAGCUGCAAGUGGCCUUUAAGGAAUUUGACUAUGAUGCGGAUGGCUUCAUCCAUUACAAAGACAUUGCAGACUGCAUGAGGACCAUGGGCUACAUGCCCACAGAGAUGGAGCUUAUUGAGAUCAUUCAGCAAAUCAAGAUGAAAUGGGGUGGUCACGUAGACUUUGAUGAUUUCUGCGAGCUAAUGGGGCCGAGGAUGCUCGCUGAGACGGCUCAUAUGGUUGGACUGAAGGAGCUCCGCUGUGCCUUCAAACAGUUUGACUGUGAUGGUGAUGGAAAGAUCACAUUUGAUGAGCUGAAGGAGGGCAUGAAGACCCUCCUCGGGGAGAAACUGAAGAAAGGCGAGCUGGAGGAGAUCCUUGGCGACAUUGACCUCAACAAAGAUGGCAACAUUGACUUUGAUGAGUUCAUGAUGAUGCUUUCUGCACGAUGACCUCUGAUGGAAAACGAUGGAGCACACAGCGCUGCAUUUCUGAGCUGUGAACCCUAAACUCAAGACUGAGGUCUACCUACUUCUAUUGCAAUCCCUUUUCUGUAUAUUUUUUUAAUGUAUUCAAUGUAUGUUUGAUUGUAAAAUCAUCAUCAAGUCAAAAAGAUCGCUUUAUAUUUUCAUAAUAAAAGUUGAGAUGGAAUAAGCA